UUUGACAAGAGGAAGGGAACCGCGGGAGCGCAGUGGAAAGUGUGCGAUAUCCUGCACACCGCCACCGAUUUGGCCAAACGCCGCGUGUCGGGCAGCGCAGGAACGAGUGCCGUUGGAGGAAGGUGAUCUCACGCUGCCCACCGUGAAGUGAACUUCGAUCAGACCCGGCCUUAUAAAGUUGGCCACGCAGCAGCCCAAAGUGCUUAAAGACUCCCUCCCAAACGGUACGGGCAGGUGAUCUCGAUAAGUGCUCGGUCUCGCGUAAAGGUCAAGACAAGAGGUUAAAGGGCAGCGAUCGUGAGCAGCAAGCAUGUCCAAGAAGAGAGCUGACCCCAAGGUGAUCGGCCUGUCCGUCACCGUGGGACUUCUGGCCAUCGCCCUGAUCGUGUUCAUCGUCCUCUUUGCCACCAAGGAGACGUCAACUGCAGAGCCGUCAACUCCCCCGGCUCCGAGCGUCUGCACGAGCCCAGACUGCACCGUUUCAGCGGCACGAAUCCUGGAGAACAUGGACCCGAGCGCGGACCCCUGCAAGGAUUUCUACAAGUACGCUUGCGGAGGAUGGCUCAAAAAGAACAUCAUCCCAGAAACCAGCUCUCGUUACGGUGUCUUUGACAUCCUGAGAGAUGAAUUGGAAGUUGUCCUGAAAGCUGUUCUGGAGAAGUCUGAUGAUGCAGCACGUGAUGCUUACAAGAAAUCAAGGACACUCUACGCCUCUUGCAUCGAUCAAGAAAAAAUCGAAGCCCUCAAUUCCCAGCCACUGCUCGAACUUCUUAGAGAUGUGGAUGAAUGGCCGAUCGCAACCGCGGACUGGAAUACGACCCAAGGACCCACGUGGAUCUUGGAGAAAAACCUUGCAAAUCUGGCCAAGAAGUACAGGGUGCGACCGAUCGUCAACACCUACGUCGGGAUCGAUGACAAAAACUCAACCUCCUACAUCAUCCACAUCGACCAGCCAGGCUUUGGUCUGCCCUCCAGAGACUAUUACUUCUCACCGACAGCAAGCUACGUCAAGGCUCGGGAGGCAUACAAAGAUUUCAUCGUGUCGAUCGCCAACAUCGUGCGGAGAGACAAGUCGAUUCCUGACGAUGAUGUGUUCGUGCGGGAACAAAUGGAGGGGCUCUUCAACUUUGAAAAAAAACUUGCCGAAGCAUCUACCCCAGAUGAGAACAGGACCGAUAUCACAUUGCUCUACCACAAGAUGAGUCUAUCAGAGCUCAGCGCCAACUACAGCAUUGGCAAUUUUUCCUGGCUCGCCUACAUGAAAGAAAUGUUUAUUGGUAUCAAAGAUAUUGGUAAUGCCGAAAAGAUCGUGGUCUAUGCACCCGAAUACCUGAUCAAACUGAAAACCAUCCUGGAAGACGAAACACCGAGCACGAUUCAGAACUACAUCGUCUGGAUGCUCACCGUGGAACACGUGGAAUCCCUCAGUCAAAAGUUCAAGGAUGCCAGAGCUGAAUUUCGCAAGGCUCUGUACGGAACAACGUCGGACAAGGCUCGCUGGAGGAGCUGCAGCAGCUACGUCAACAACAUCCUCUCCAACGCUGUGGGAGCUCUCUACGUGGAGGAAGCAUUCGCCGGAGACAGCAAAAAAGUGGUGCAAGAGCUUGUGAAGUGGAUUCGCGAAGUGUUCAUUGCAAAUCUGGACAAAAUUACCUGGAUGGACGACGCGACAAAGGGAAGGGCACGCGACAAGGCUUUUGCUAUCGUCGAACGGAUCGGAUAUCCCGAGUUCAUCGUGGACAAAGACGAUCCCAAAAUCGACCAAGAAUACGCCGACCUGGUGUACACCACCGAUAAAUACUUUGCGAACACGCUGGCAUCACUGGCGUUCGACUCUAAAAGAAGACUCGCAAGAAUCAACACCGCAGUGGACAAGAAUGAAUGGAUCUCAGGAGCAGCUGUGGUCAACGCUUUCUACAGCUCCAGCUACAAUCAGAUAGUGUUCCCAGCGGGGAUCCUUCAGCCGCCCUUCUUCGGCCUGGAUCAGGCCAUGUCCUUGAACUUUGGCGGCAUCGGCAUGGUGAUCGGGCACGAGAUAAUCCACGGCUUUGACGACAGCGGUCGUAACUUCGACAAGGACGGCAACCUCGUGGACUGGUGGUCGGCCGAAUCGGCUAAAAACUUCAAGGAGAAGUCGCAGUGCAUCAUCGAUCAGUACGGCAACUUCCAGUGGGACCUUGCUGGAGGACAGAACCUGAGUGGCAUCAACACGCUGGGAGAGAACAUCGCUGACAACGGAGGCAUCCGUCAGGCUUACGAGGCUUACAUGGCAUGGGUCAAGGACAAUGGCGAAGAACUGCCACUGCCCGGGCUCAAACUCAGCCACCAACAGCUCUUCUUCUUGAACUUUGCUCAGGUGUGGUGCGGCGAUUACAGACCCGAGUAUGCCAGCAACUCGAUUAAAACAGACGUGCACAGCCCUGGGAAGUUCAGGGUCAUCGGAUCCCUGCAGAACUUCGAGAAGUUUUCCGAGGCCUAUCAGUGCAAGGCCUCCGAUGACAUGAACCCCAUAAACAAGUGCCACGUUUGGUGAAACCGAGUGACGACUCUUCCCCAAAUAACUCGUGCGUGCCGUCGCGUACCAUCAUCAGCCACGCGACAACGCAUCGACUCGUCGAGGAAAAUCUUUUUUUCUACUUACCGCCCUUCGACAACAACGAUGCUCGCACAGAAUCGCGUUGCUGGGAAUAGUUUUUGCUUUGUCUCGACUCGUGUACAAUGCAGGUACUCGGCUCAAGAGGUCCCUGCCUGCAGCCACCACAAUUGGCGGUUGCUUACAUUCGCCACAAUGUAAUUGUUUCUUUAAUUGAUUCUUGAAUCGGAUUGGGUUCCCUCGAAUUGUCACAGUUAAUUGACUCGCAAGGCAAGGCGGUGGGUGGGUGGGGGUUAACGAUCACAUGCACGCAGUGUUGAUGCACUUGGGUGAGGGAUUGCCAGGAUGUCGUCAACAAAGGGAAGUCAGACCGACUUAGGAACGGCAGGAAAGGGGUGAAAUCGUGAAUGUGUAGCGGCACGGUCGUGCGGAUGUUAACAGUGGCACAGUGUGGUAGAUUGUUGUGCAGCAGCAGCAGCAUGAAUGCGAGAGGCAGGGACAAGCAAUGGAACGUCAGUCUCAUCGUAAUCACCCCCCUCCGCCGUAACAUUUCACGGGAGUCAGAAGUCAACGGGCCAGAUCCACACAUCUCUGAGGUGUUGUGAUGCUUGUCCACACCACAGCAGGCUGCUUUGGCCUAGGGGAGGCGUCGGAAUCGGUCUAGAUACCGGCCACUGAUGUUCGGCGUACACUGGAAUCGAACUCGUUUGGCCCGGUCCGUAGCGCAAUGAGCUAUUCGCUGUGCUACUGCUCCCCAGAGUCAGCACACCACACACACACACGCGCGCACGUGCGGACGUUUGCACGGUCAACAAUUGCUUCUCGCAAAUGCAAACGACACGCGUGCACCUUGCACGACUGGUUAUUUGCAUUUUCUUUUCGGACACUCCAAACCUCGAAAGUGAGCUCUGGCCCAUGUGUCUGGUUAAUGCUGCUGAAAUGUAAUACUUGAAGACAAAAGUAUUGCAAUUAAAGAGCUAUCGAUAGAAAAACUCAUCUUGCAAAAAAUAAUGAUGGCAAACAUCCAAUGCUCUGACCUUCUCGAAUAGGAAAUGGGCAGAAAUUAACGAGUCACUUUUUAUUUCUGGAUAAACAACAUGAGUUUUAAGACAUACAUAAUGUAGAUGCGUCCAAGAAAGACGUUCACGAAGAAAUAGCUUCAACUUCAAAUGAAAGCGUGGAUGAUCAGAAUCAGUGUGAAUGUAUUCCUCAAGGACUGAUUCGAUAGUGAACGACAUAUCAUUUAGAUUGGACGUCAUGGACUCGUCUCGCAUACAUAGCAUCACAGUGGUUGGAUACACAAACUACGGCAAAGCAUGUAUGCACAAUUAGGAAAAAGGCACAGUGAAAUCUUAAUAUAAGCAUAGCUUGUAUAAGCAGAGUUCUGAUUAGCACGGUUGACUACGUACUGUGCAAAAUAAGUUGAACACACAUAAUACAAAAGGCAACCUCUGAUAUAAGCACACGUUGGUAAAAAAGCACGGCUGGAUUUGCUCCGAAGGGGGUGUGGGUCAUAUCCAGCAGCUGCUGCUGCUGCUGCUAUAGGUUUAUUGUGAAGUGACGUGCUUGACAAUCGUGACAUCCUGUGUGGGUAACGGGGCUUACAUGGACCAACAUCUAAACACAAGCAGAGGCUGGGUGAACAUAAACAGCUUCGGGUGUAUUGGUGCUUUAUUAAAUGAGCAAACAUGAUACUUUUCAAUCAACACAUUACUCAACGAAUACUAACAGAAUGUACAUUCUUUUGUUUUGUAUUUGUUUUAUAUUAAUGGGUGAAUAGAAUUUAGGGAAACGGCAGAUGUGUUGUGCAGGCAGCUUUUGGGAAGUUGCAUUCAAAGGCUCAAAGCGUCUUCGCGAGUCUCAGCUCAAGCCACCCCCUGCUGACUUCUCACACCGUGGUACUCGUUUUAUCGACCACCCUGGAAUGAUGGUGAGCCGAGUCCAAGCCCCUGACCGGGAUUUGAACUCUAACCGCAGUACCGUCGAGCCAACUGGAAUCCCAUUGCCUCAACUUCCAUCUCAAAACGUUUCCAUUUGAUUUGAACAGUCCACACGGCUGUACAAAGACAAAGAUCCCCCGUAUAGCCUUAACAGACUGUUGGGGCAAGUGCUGUUAGCGAGCACCUAUGAAGGCCGGCACGGUACAUGAGGGGGUGGGUGGCCAGCACCACGCCCGGCCACCUUUGUCUUCCCAGCGGCGAUGUUUUAACACACCACACCAGGUACUCAUUUGAGACUGAGUCGACCUAGGGGAGGCCCAGGACCAGUUCAGAUAAUCGUCUCCGCUGUUAGCCGGGUUCGUAGUGCAGCGCACUGACUACCACACUACAGCUACACUCCAGAUGUACACACACACACUCGCAUUAAGUGAUUUGCCAACCGUGAUCAUGAGCUGUGGAAGUCGUUACCGAUUUCAUGUUGGCGUGGAGGUGCGUGGCAUUAGAGAGCUGGAAGUAACACGUAAACUGUAGAGCAGCCUGAUUUUAAAAGCAUGCUUGGCCAUUUAGAGAGGCUGGGGAAAUGCGAAAGCCUUAAAAAAUGUAAUCGAGUAGCAACGCGUAUCUUAAUUUUACGAUUCGUUUUUGUUACUUCAAUGACUAGAGGCCCCCUCGUCGACAGUAAAACUGCACAAAAAAAAAAAACAUUCUGGUUCGUAAAAGUUGCCGGGGUUUUCGGUGGCCAGGGGCUGCCAGCUCACCACGUGUCUUGGUUGAGCCUUCCGGAAAUGUGGAGUAGGUUUUGGGUUAAUGGCAAUCGGUGAUUCACUCGUACUAAAAGUGUCCCUUUUUAUAACCUGUCACAUUCAAUGGGACCCUUUCAAUGUUCCACUUUCAAAGGGGGGGGCUGCGGAUUUCAAAAGCAAAACGAGCAAUGUUUACCUUUAGUUACUUCCAUCUCCCACAGAAGGCAUGCGCAGGUGCGUUGAGCCAUUCCGCCGCCUGCUUCUUCUGUCGUACGGACGGGAAGAUUGGCAACGUUCCGUGCCGACGUCAACGUUUUGAAGGCUGGCGUCGUGAACGUUCGAGACGUCGCGAGCGAACGAGCGACGCGCCACUUGGGUGGACGACGCGUGCCACGGUGUGUCUGUGAUAGCCGCGGUCGCAGUGCGGGCCGGGUGUGGCUGUCUUGCACCGUCCGCCGUGCAGUUCGCGCUCGCUCGCUCGCUCGUGCCGUGCGGCACCGCGACAGGCAAUAGAAGUGGGCCAUGAUUUUGGUAAACGGAAUUCACACGGCUCCAGAAUCGCAACGGGAGAUUAGUCACAGAUUGAAUGCAAUCGUGUUUACGCGAUGGACGUUUCGUUUAUUAAAGUAUAUUUUUUUUCUGAAAAAUGAACUACUUUUUUUUCCAUGGGUAAUAAAUGUGUAAACAUUUAACGGUAAUAAAAUUGAAAAAGAAUAAA